AUGAGCUGCAUGGAUGUAAAACAGGAAAAUGUCCAGAGCAAUAAAAAAAACCUGAACGAAGCCCAGAACAUUGCAUCUUCGCAUGGAGACAGCAAAAAGGGGAACGAUGACGACAUGAGGAGCAGUAACCCCGGAAACAGCAGCGCCUCGAGAUCCUACAAUCAGCAGGGAUUGACAAACAGCAAGCAGAGUAGCAAUCCACGAAGUAUGGGCAGCGAUAUUAAUAACCUGAGCAGUGGGUCAAGUCACACGUUUAGGAAUGCAAAUAAAUCUAUCGAAAGUAGCGGUUUUUCCUCUAUGAAUAAUAGGAGCCACGUGGUGCAACAAGGAAACUGGAGGACAAAGGAAUACGGGAAUUCACGAAGCUAUAGAAACAAUAACUAUUACAGUAACGAAAUGAAUUCCAGUAUGAACAGCCCGGAAAGAUCCAAAUAUCAUUAUAGUAAAAGUAUGAGCAGCUCGGAUACUGUAAGGUAUGAUAAUGGCAGAUAUUAUAGCAGGAAUAGUUAUAAUAAAAAUAUAUAUAGGAAUGAAUCCGCCAUGAAAAAUGGAAGCUCCGUAAUCAGCGCAAAAGAAGUGAACAGGAACAUUAGCAAUAAUAGUAGUAACGCGAAUAAUAGUGUUAGUGUCGGUAGCGGUACCAUGAACAGCGCGAACGGUAUGAAUAUCGCCAGUCCAGAUGACCACAUAAAUAGUGAAACUGUGCCAAUCAACCAGAAUAAUGCAAAUAAAGAUGAUUUCACAAAUGGGGAGGGAAAUCAUACCGUCAAUUUUAGCAAUAUGAAUAAUAAGGAUUUUUGCGUCAGUGAAUGUAAGGAUAACCAGUUUACAAAGUCGAGCAUGCAAAGGGGUGAUGGUACGGUUAACUUUAAUAGUAGCCCAGAUGAAAAGAAGAAUAUCAACUAUCAGAACAACCAGUACAGUGGGAAUUAUAAGAAUGAGGGAAGUGAGAGUGACGUACCAAGUAGAAAUAUGAACAUGGAUGAAGGAAAUAAAAAUAACUCCGCUGAAUUUAAUGAGAACAUGAAUUAUAAUUCGACACAAACCAAAUAUAAUACGCAGAUAGAAAAUAAUGCGGAAUGUAAGAAUGCCAAUUCGACCACUGCUGGGUUUAACAACCAAUCCAGUGGCCUAAACAACUCGACAUCCUACAAACAGAAGUAUGAAGGUAACAGCACCGUGAAUAGCGCGAUUCGGGGCAAGGAUGAAUAUGUGCCUUAUGGGGGCCAGGGGGCAAGCAAUAAGUACUACGCACCGUACAGAGGGGGUAACAGUGGUAGUAAUGAUAGAGGAAGCGUGAGCAGGGUCCACUCGCAUAGCGCCGUCUACGUGAGCUGUAAUAACCAAAGUAGUAAGGGAAAUAUAUACAGUAGUGAAAAUGCCAACAGAAAUAGACUAAAUUAUGCGUUUAACGUGAACGCUAGAAAUAUGGUUCAAAUGGGUACCAGCGGAAGUAAUGGGUAUCCCGAAAAGAACAGCACGCCCGAUGUUAACCGAAGCGACGUAGACUCAACAAAUAAUUCUUACUCGCACUCUUCCGGGAACCCCAAUAUUAAUAAUCAGGAGACCUCCAGUGCGAACCAUUUGAACAAUAUGGAUCCCAGCGAUGAAGCAAAUUUUACCAAAAGGGAGUGUGUAAGGGAGGAUAAUAACUAUGACGCACCAAAUGUGCAAGAUGAAGGAGGCUGCCCUUUUGAAAAUAAGGGGGAUGCGAACACAAACGGAAAUUUUAACACUCAAUCAGAUUUUGCUAACAAGGAAACAACAAAUACUUUCAACAGCACCACCGUCAUAACGAGCCCAGACGCACCAGACGUAAGUAGCAAACCCAGUUGGACGAAUAACAAUGCGGCGAGUAAUACUAACUUUGUUCCAGGAGGAGCAAGACCUGACGUAAGCACCAUUAAUAAGCCUAACAUGAACAGUGCAGAUAGCCGAAAUAAUAACAAUGAGGAAGAGGAUAAUGAUGACUGGGGAGAACUAGGGGAAGACAAGUAUAUAGACAUCAAUUCCAUUAUUAAGAAGAAAAAUGUUAUUCUGAAUCAGCUAGCUGAUUUGAAUAUGUCCAAAAAGGGAAAUGACAACAAGAACAAGAAAAAGGCCAAGGGGAAGAAGGAUGAUGAGCCGUUCUUCCACGCAGGGGCAGAGGCAAGUACAUCCCUUGGGGAAAAGAAAAAAAAUAAAAAAAAUAAAAAUAAGAAGGGAGCCGGUAAUAAUAAGGAGAAAGAAAAUGACAAAGGUGGAAAGAACGCCAAGGAUGCUGAAAAUGGAAGUAAUGAUCAAUCAGGCAGUAAGAAAAAUGUAAAGAAGGGAAAUGUCGGUAGCGAAACGGAUAGCAAAAUGAACGAAGGAAACGUAGCAGAUGAUCGUGCAAACGAAACAAAUGAACUUGACAAAAAUGAUGACCCACAGCAACAGCAAAAUGAGGAAAAAAAAGAAGAAGUGACUGAAAAACCUGCGAAAGCUAUAUAUGUGUUUAAGAGAAAAGAAAAUAUGUCCCCACUGGAAUAUAUGGAAAGACAAGUAAAAAGCCUUCUUAACAAAUUAACGGUGGAGAACUUCCCAAUUAUUACAGAAAGAAUGUGCCAAAUUAUGGACUCGCGUACAAAUACAGACGAAAUUCAAACCGUUGUAAAUGAAGUUAUUAACAAAGCUGUUUUGGAACAUGAUUGGUCAGAAAUGUACGCCGAUGUUUGUCAAGCCUUGAAAUGGAGAUCACCAAAUUUUGAAAUGAAAAAAAAAUCGUCGUUCGAAAUUGCACUCUUAAAAAAAAUACAAGAGGAAUAUGAAAAUUUACCAAGUACCUUCGAAUCGACCAUGAAGGAAAAAUUAAAAAAUGACGAAAAUGAAGAAGAGCUAAGUUUUGUGGAGCAGAAACAAAAGAAAAGAUUAUUUGGAAUUGUAAAAUUGAUAGGGGAAUUAUUUCAAAGACAAAUUGUAUCCAUAUCCAUUGUAAUUAGCAUAGCACAUGAUUUAUUAAUUGCCUUUGAAGAACCAAAGGAAUAUUGCAUUGAAGCUUUUCUUCAGCUAAUUUAUUCCACUGGAUUUUUUAUCGAUAAGAUGGAGAAGUAUAAGAACAUUUUAGAUACCUGGUUUGGUCGACUCAAAGAAUUGCAAAGAAAAAAAAUGUAUUCCAAAAGGAUAAAAUUUGUAAUUCAAGAUGUUUUUGAUUUAAGAUUAUCCGAAUGGAGAAAGAAGACACAUAAAGAUACAGCCAAAGGUUUGAAUGAAUUGAGAUCCCAACUCGAGACGGAAGAAAUGAUGGGCGGGUCCAUUCAUCUGGCUCAACUAGGAAAUAUAGUCAUUGUUGGGGAGAGGCAUAAUAUCAGGAAUAAUGAAUCCUACUCCAAGUAUAUGCAGGAACAAGAGAGACUUAGCAAGGCAAACCAGAAGAAGUGA